AUGGACAACGAACACAGAAACGCCCAUCAUUUGUCUCUGCCGCAGAGGCUGGCCUUCUCCGUAGGCCAUGUUUUUAACGAUCUAUGCGCCGGAUUCUGGUUCACCUACCUGUUGAUCUUUAUGAAGCUGGUCAAUGGCUUCGAAAGCAGCACCGCCGGCACGUUGAUGCUGGUAGGACAGGUGGCCGACGGCAUCGCCACGCCUUUCAUCGGCAUCGAGUGCGACCGGAGUUUUGACUGGUGGUUCUGCCGGUACGGUCGCCGCAAGACCUGGCACCUGGUGGGCACCCUGUGCGUCCUGCUCAGCUUUCCCUUCAUCUUUCACCUGUGCAUCUACUGCGACAACUCGCCGCAGACCUCGCAGAUGGUCUACUACUCUGCCUUCAUCAUAAUCUUCCAGUUUGGCUGGGCGGCCGUGCAGAUCUCCCACUUGUCGCUCAUUCCCGACCUGACGCCGGUGUCCUCGGAGCGCGUGGAGCUGAACGCCUGGCGCUACGCCUGCACCGUCUUCGCCAACAUCACCGUAUUCAUCCUCAUGUUCAUCACCCUGGGCAUGGACAACAGCAGCGGCGACGCGAUCACCCGCCGGGACGCCGUCGCCUUUGAGGAGGUCGCCUUUCUCAUUCUCGGCAUCGGCCUUGUCUUCUCCACCAUCUUCCACAUUGGGGUCAGGGAGCGACCGGCGCCCGGCUCUCUGGGCGCCUCUGCCUCUGCCGAUUCUUCCGACGGCAGCGGCAGCUCCUCCAGUGCCGACCUGGUCAAGCAGCAGGCGAGGCCCAUGGUCUGGAGCAACUGGUUUCGGGAGGCGCAGUUCUACAAGGUGGGCCUCCUCUACAUGGGCACCCGACUCACCAUCAACCUUACCAUGGUCUACAUUCCCAACUACCUGGUCGAGUCGCUUCAUCUGCAGAAGAAAUCUGUCGCCUACAUUCCACUUGUCAUUUACAUUAGUGGCUUUAUCAGUUCGUUUCUGAUGAAGUUCAUCAACGUCAGACUGGGCAAACGACUCACAUAUCUAAUUGGCGCCUGUUUGACUUUGGGCGCCUGUGCCUGGAUUUUCUUUGGAACUCACAAUGAACUCUUUAAGAAGUACGGCAUCUUUGGUGUGUCUGUCGUCAUCGGCAUGUCCAGCACCACCAUUCUAAUCACCAGUUUGGCCAUCACCAAUGAUCUGAUCGGCUCUAAUACGGACAGCGGUGCCUUUGUCUUUGGUGCAAUGAGCUUUGUGGACAAGAUAUCCAACGGCGUCUCUGUGAUGGUUAUUGAAAACUUGAAAUCUAGCAUUGCAAAUCAGGAAAACUACUACCGCGAUGUGCUCACCUUUGUCUGCGGCGGGGCAAUAUCGCUCUCACUCAUUGCCCUUGCGCUGCUCACCAAAGGCAAAAUUGGCAACUUGAAACGCAAUGGUGACUGA